UGGAAGAAAGGGAGAUGGGGAGAAGGAAGGGAAGCGGGGAAGGAAAAACCCUUCCUUUUGCGGAAACGCUCCUCUCUUUCUCUUUCUCUCUCUCUUCGCGUUCUUUGUUUCCUUUGAUUUGACAGCAUCACGGAAAUGGCGUGUAGUUGAUCCCCUGCGGACCCCUGUGCCGUUCAGGCCGAUCUGUUCACCGACCCCUUCCUUGCUAGAACACCCGGAGUCCCAACCCCUUUGCACUUGUUGGCAAGCUUCGCAUCUCAGAGAUGACGAGGAGUGAGCGUCUUGCCAAUUUUGCCCUUUUAGGCCUUACGUUAGCACCACUUGUCUUCAAGAUAAAUCCAAAUGUAAAUGUAAUAUUGACAGCUUGCUUAGCUGUAUAUGUUGGUUGCCACCGAUCUGUGAAGCCCACACCUCCUACGGAGACAAUGUCAAAAGAGCAUGCCAUGCGUUUUCCUCUGAUCGGUAGUGCAAUGCUCUUGUCGUUAUUCUUGCUCUUCAAGUUCCUGUCCAAGGACUUGGUGAAUGCUGUCCUCACUCUAUAUUUCUUUGUGCUUGGAAUCAUCGCACUUUCCGCAACCCUGUUACCUUCAAUUAAGCGAUUUCUCCCAAAUCAUUGGAAUGACAACGCCAUUUGUUGGCAUCUGCCAUAUUUUCACUCUGUAGAGGUGGAGUUUACGAGAUCUCAAAUUGUUGCAUCCAUUCCUGGAACCUUCUUUUGUGCAUGGUAUGCCUCAAAGAAGCAUUGGUUAGCCAACAAUGUUUUGGGGCUUGCAUUCUGCAUUCAGGGUAUUGAGAUGCUGUCUCUUGGAUCGUUUAUGAUUGGUUGUAUUCUUCUGUCUGGAUUGUUCGUGUAUGAUAUCUUUUGGGUUUUCUUCACACCAGUGAUGGUUAGUGUGGCAAAAUCUUUUGAUGCCCCUAUAAAGCUUUUAUUUCCUACAUCAGAUGCUGCACGACCUUACUCAAUGCUUGGGCUUGGGGAUAUUGUUAUCCCAGGUAUUUUUGUUGCACUGGCCUUGCGGUUUGACAUGUCAAGAGGAAAAGACAAGCGAUAUUUUAUUAGUUCGUUCAUCGGUUACACUGUUGGUUUAACUCUAACUAUUAUUGUAAUGAAUUGGUUCCAGGCAGCUCAGCCUGCACUACUUUACAUCGUGCCUUCUGUUAUUGGAUCAGUCGCAGUGCAUUGUCUUUGGAAUGGUGAAGUAAAAGAGAUAUGGGAAUUUGAUGAAUCCAAAGGCUCAGAUGAUUCAAGUACCGGUGAUUCACCAAACCAAGAUGGUGAGAGAACUGGUGAGGCAGAAUCCAGUAAGAAAACGGAAUAGAGAAAGAAUAUGCUGGUCAUGCAAGCUCCGACAUAUAUUGUAAUCAUGCCAUUAGUUGUGAUUGACCUCAGUUUACAGUAGGUUACUGAAACAGGUAGGGCCGAUUUUAUCAUCCAAUAAAAAAGAGCCCAUUUUGAAAGUGGUUACAUGUAGGAGGUCAGAGAGUUUUUACAUGCAAAAAUGUUCUUGUACGUUCAGGAGACCUCAUGCAAUUUUUUUAGUUGUACUUUUAUUCUUCAAGUUUCUGACUCUAUUCAGUUCUCGCAAUGUAGAAAAUUUUCUUAUUUGUGCUCUGGGCUGAAUUGCUGUAUUUCUUGUGUUAAGCAGUUGAAUUACUUUUUGAGAUA